UUCUAUAAUAUUCAAAGGUUUUGAUUACUUUUGCUUUAUUCGAAAGAAUAUAUAAUCGUAAUGUGAACAUUUCUAAACCGAUAUAACUACGAUGCAGAAUUAAAAAUUUCGUUAAUAAAUGAUUACAAGUUCUACGAGUGAUGAAAUUACUUUUGACAACAAUGUUCAUGGAUAUUUGUCAUAAUUUCAAUACCUAACCAUUAUGUAGUUUGCAUUAAAUAGCGUCGAGAAUUUAAACACGGGAUUGUCGAAUAUAGUUAUGUAAAAGAUUUUUUAAUGGUGAAGCACUAAAAAGAGAAAACACGCGAUUAGAAAUAUAUUAUUUGGAAUAUGUCCGGUUUUUUCUUUUAUUCUUUGUUUUAUGUUUUAAUGUCAGGAUGUAUUAUAUAUCCACCUACCGAAUUCGUGUCAGCUGGACUAACCAUAAAAGACAUUUUUUCAAAUUGGUUGGGCAAUGAAAAUGAAUUUUUUAUACAGUAUCACAUAAAAAGAAGCGUGAUUACAUUGUUUAUACAUUCCAUCCUUCUCUUUGGUUACGUUUCUGGCAUACUUCUAUCUGGAUAUGUGGAUAGUAUAAAAAUAUUAUUGGGUCAUAAUAAUUUAUGGUUAACGAUUCUCGUUUGUACGGUGAUCCUGCCUCUGUAUACUUUAUAUAAAAUCAUAAUAUGGUCUAUGAAUAAUUGGGCUAGACAUCCUAUAGCACAAAAUCUUGCGCUUUAUUGUAACAAUAAUAUACCAUGGACUGCCAUAGUUUCCAAUAUCAACGCAGAAUAUCAAAGGAUAGAUAAAAUUGUAAUUACCACAAAUAGUAUAACUUGUAUAGUAGUAACGAACAAUUGGAUAAUUAAAGUUAUGCCUUAUAAAAUAUUAGUCGCACACCAGACUGAUACGGUGUUGAUAGUUACCAAAAGUGAUACUCACAAUAUGUCUCCCGUGACAAGAGGAGAAGUACAAUUUAUUAACAUCGAGGUAAAGCCUACAAGGACUGGAACGCAAUCUUUUGAUAUAAGAUUAAAUGCAUUGGACUUUAAAAAUUUGCAAGAUAAAAUUUCACGCCCUAUUACUAUAUUACAAAAUAUUACUUUUCAUAAAACUUUGCUCGAUCGGUUCAUCGAUAAUUUUAAGGAACAAGUUGAAGAAAAUCCAUACUAUACAAGCACAGAAGAAUUAAAUCAGUGUAUCGGAUGUAUGCAAGCUACCUCGAACGUAAAAUUGUUUAAACAAUGCAGUAGUGGUAUAGGAAACGGAGAUUCUGAAGAUUGUAUGAUGUGUUAUUGUCGUCCAAUGUGGUGCAUUGAUUGUAUGGCAAAAUGGUUUGCAUCAAGACAAGAUGAAAAUGCAUCAGAGACAUGGUUAUCUUCUAAAUGUACUUGUCCUGUAUGCAGAGCACGAUUUUGCAUUUUAGAUGUCAGUCUUAUACAAUCUACCUGAACACAACAGUUCAUACAUUAACAUGAAACUGAAUUUUUAAAACGUUCUUUUCAAGUGAUACAUAUAAUCUACUAAAGUACGAUUAAUUAAGGAAAAAAAUUGUUAUUCCUUAUUAUUAAAUGAAUGUAACAUAGACAUUUGUUAAAAUGGAUAUCACUGCAAAAUGUACAUUACAUACAUCUUUUAAAAUAAGACUAGAAGAUAGUAAUUGUUGAGAAUAUGUUACUCGACAUGUUAAUUUAUUUAUAAAACGAGUUUUCAAGAUUUCAAGGUAUGUGUGUCUGUAUAAUAGAAUUUGAAAAGUGUAGAGACAUUUCUUAUGUUUAUAUUAACAAAACAUUAAAACCAUAACACACAUAUUCCUUCCUUUUUAUUUGCAUUCUCCUCUACCUUUCCCAUUAAAUCCUUAAUUUCUUACAUUCUAAAGUAUUAUAACCACUCCAAAUAUUAUUUAUAUCCAAUUAAGUUCAUUAACCACUUCUCUAUACAUUAUUUAAAGCAAUUAAUUAAUUAUAAACGAUUUCUGGAAGCGAUUAAUAUUUCAAAAUUGCGCUUAGAAUUGCGCAAAAAAGUGACAAACGACGGUAUCGCCAUCUAAUAUCAGUGUUUCGAAGUCAAAAAAUCGUCCCAGGAUCACAGAAUGAUAG